AUGCUAUACCAAAAUUUUCCAAAACCACGACCAAUACCAUUUGCAUAUCUUACAGCACCAAUAGUUCCAAUUAAAAAACCAAAUGGUAAAAUUCGAAUUUAUGGUGACUUCAAAGUUACAGUUAAUUCUCAAAUAUUAGUUGAUCAACAUCCAAUUCCAUCAAUUGAUGAACUGCUGUCUCGACUUAAUAAUGGUGAAAAAUUUACAAAAUUCGAUUUAUCACAUGCUUAUCUUCAAAUAGAAUUAGACGAACAAAGUAAAAGUCUAGUUGUUAUUAAUACACCAUUGGGUUUAUUUCGAUACAAUCGUAUGCCAUUCGAUAUUUCAAAUGCACCUGCAAUUUUUCAAAAAAUUAUUAAUCAAGUAAUUGUUGGUAUUUCUAAUUCAAUUGCGUAUCUUGGCGAUAUAUUAAUCACUGGUAAAAAUGAAGAAGAACAUUUGCAAACGCUUGAAAUGGUUCUUAAGAGAGGGUCCACGGAACCACUUAGUAACUUUGAUAGGAGUCGGCCGCCGGUAAAAUUUUGA